CUGGGUACGCGACUGUCAAAGCGUUUUCUCCCUCUUUUGUGUUACACGACAUGCAAAAUUGAAUUCCGGAUACUGAAGAAAAAAGCAAUGGACCAAUGGAAUCUAGUUUUUUGGACAUUCACCCCGAUGCAUAAUUCAGCACAUGAGAUGAAAUAUGCUGACAUGAUUUCUCCAUAACAUAACUGAAUGAGAAAGACAGCCCUGCGGAUAACACACCAAAUACUUCAAAGUUAAUGACGUUUUAAUUGCACAAUUCAGGAAGCUGUGCACGUGCUGUUGCUACACUACUACUUUUGGGGAUUAUACUCAUAGUUUUGAUAAUGACGUAGCUUCUGUAUCCCCCCCACGGAAACCUGUGGAACUGAAGACUGAUCGCGAGUAGUAAGAUCUCAACAUUGAGUCAUUUAACAAAUGAAUGUUUGAUUCCGGGUGGAGUGAGAGGAGGCGUCAUCCCCUCCAUUGACUCAGGGGGAGACACUUGCUAUACCUUGCUUUGUCGGCAGUAUUUUUUUUUUUUGGUAUUUUUUUCUGUAAUGCGAGGCGUCAUAUACCGAAUGGACUUUCCUUCCUAAGGCUGCACAUACCUUAACCGACAUGGAGUUCAUCUGAGCGGAAUGGAUAUCACGCAGUCCCGCUGGAUCUAAAAAGACGCGCUUCUACCGCAUGCAUCAUUUCGCAAUGUUUUAGUAUGUGCGUGUGAUAUAUAUACUUCUUGUCUUGAACUUUUUAAGCAUAGGUACGUGUUCAUUGCUGCCGGCUUGUUUGGUUUCCAGUUUACACCAGCAUAAUUGCUGUGUAGUUAUGCACCGUGGCACAACGUUAUCCGUUCGGCGUGGGACUCGGACUGACUCCGAUUUGCGGCUGGAAUAAUGUCACACUUACCCGCUUACUGAGAUUUUGUGGCUUAUUAAUAUGCAUUCUUCAACAAUCUGUUGAGUUACUAAUAUUGGUUUUUCACCCUAUCAGUGGGGUUCUCUUGUAAUAUAUAAUGUCCCUCCGAGCAACAAGCGACGCCGAUCCCAGCGAUGUUGCCAAGACGUGCGCGCUGUUUGGGUGAAUAGCGCAUUAUUCCAUCGUGUUAUUUUGUCUUCUUGCUCUAUUUUUGUUAUCGCGUUUGUGCUUCUCCACCUGUUAAGUUCAAUUUUAAAGGAAAAAAUAUGAAAUGGGCUUAUUUAUUUUUUUUACUUCCCAUCUCGUCGAUUUUUUAAGAAUUAAAAGUGCCUUGUGUCUGUUUUUCCUCUGAAUCGAAGUACGCGGUAGGAAGAAGAGCUAUGGCCAGAAGUACCCCUGACGCCGGAUUGAAGUCCCACUUUAUAUGGAAAGUGUUUUGGGUGAUGAAACCAUUUCUGGAGUUGGCUUUGUCGCAGGAAAUCUAUGCGCCCCAUUCCAUAAGAAUGGAAGGCGAUCUGACUCUGGGCGGCCUUUUCCCGGUACAUGCUCGGGGUCUUCCUGGGAUGCCUUGCGGGGAUAUCAAAAGGGAGAAUGGGAUCCACAGGCUGGAGGCUAUGAUGUACGCUUUGGACCAGAUAAACAGCGACGACGACCUUUUGCCGAAUAUCACCUUAGGUGCUCGUGUGUUAGAUACCUGUUCCAGGGACACUUAUGCUUUGGAACAGUCCCUUACCUUCGUACAAGCUCUUAUACAAAAAGACACUUCGGAUGUAAGAUGCACGAACGGGGAGCCUCCUGUUUUUGUCAAGCCCGAGAAAGUUGUCGGGGUCAUAGGAGCGUCGGCGAGUUCGGUAUCCAUCAUGGUCGCGAACAUUUUGCGGCUCUUUCAGAUCCCUCAGAUCAGCUACGCUUCCACCGCCCCGGAGCUGAGCGACGACCGCCGAUACGACUUCUUCUCCCGUGUGGUGCCACCAGACUCCUUCCAGGCCCAGGCGAUGGUGGACAUCGUGAAGGCCAUGGGAUGGAACUACGUAUCCACAGUGGCCUCAGAAGGCAGCUAUGGAGAGAAAGGCGUGGAAGCCUUCAUGCAGCUAUCUAGAGAAGCAGGUGGGAUCUGCAUCGCGCAGUCACUGAAAAUCCCCCACGAACACACGCAGGCAGACUUCGACAAGAUUAUCCGGCAUUUGCUUGACACGCGACAUGCCCGGGCCACCGUCUUGUUCGCCAGCGAUGAAGACAUUCGGGGGCUUCUUAAUGCCAGCAAAAGAGCAAAUCAAGUGGGGCAUUUUUUGUGGAUCGGGUCAGACAGCUGGGGAGCAAAACACAGCCCUAUUCACCAGCUGGAGGAAGCCGCUGCGGGGGCCGUCACCAUUCUCCCCAAGAGAGCCACCAUAGAAGGUUUUGAUGCCUACUUCACCUCUCGAACGCUUGAGAAUAAUCGCCGAAAUGUGUGGUUUGCUGAAUUCUGGGAAGAGAACUUCAACUGUAAGCUGAUGAGCUCUUCCAAAAAGGAAGACACUAAUCGCAAAUGCACAGGCCAAGAACGGAUCGGAACGGACUCCAAGUACGAGCAGGAGGGCAAGGUGCAGUUUGUGAUUGACGCUGUGUACGCCAUGGCACACGCUCUGCACAACAUGCACAAGGACCUGUGCCCCGAGCACCCCGGGGUCUGCCCGGAGAUGGAGCAGGCAGGGGGGAAGAAGCUGCUGAAGUACAUCCGUAACGUGAGCUUCAACGGCAGCGCUGGCACGUCCGUGACGUUUAACAAGAACGGCGACGCCCCCGGCCGCUAUGACCUGUUCCAGUACCAGAUGAUCAACGGCAGCAGCCCAGGCUACAAGGUGAUUGGCCAGUGGAUGGAGACUCUGCAGCUGAACAUAGAUGAGAUGCAGUGGCCAAACGGUGAGCAAGAAAUCCCAAUAUCGGUGUGCAGCCUCCCCUGCAAAGCGGGCGAGCGCAAGAAGAUGGUGAAGGGCAUGGCCUGCUGCUGGCACUGCGAGCCAUGUGAUGGGUACCAGUACCAGUAUGACGAAACCUCUUGUAGGCUGUGUGCCUAUAAUAUGAGGCCCAACUCCAACCGGACAGCCUGUCAGCCUAUUCCCAUCGUCAUGCUAGAGUGGCAUUCCCCCUGGGCAGUCAUCCCAGUCUUCCUGGCCAUGCUGGGUAUCAUCGCCACCAUCUUUGUCAUGGCGACAUUCAUCCGCUACAAUGACACGCCCAUCGUUCGAGCCUCAGGCCGGGAGCUGAGCUACGUGCUGCUGACAGGGAUUUUCCUAUGUUAUAUCAUCACCUUCCUUAUGAUUGCCAAACCCAACGUGGCCGUCUGCUCCUUCCGCCGUAUUUUUCUCGGCCUGGGAAUGUGCAUCAGCUACGCGGCUCUCCUUACCAAGACUAACCGUAUUUACCGCAUCUUUGAGCAGGGCAAGAAGUCAGUGACUGCCCCUCGACUGAUCAGUCCCACCUCCCAACUGGCCAUUACCUUUAGUCUCAUCUCUGUCCAGCUACUGGGGGUCUUUAUUUGGUUUUGCGUGGAUCCUCCGAACACAAUCAUCGACUAUGAUGAGCAGAAGACCAUGAAUCCCGAGCAAUCCCGAGGGGUGCUAAAGUGUGACAUCUCGGAUCUACAAAUCAUAUGUUCCUUAGGAUACAGCAUUCUGCUCAUGGUAACAUGCACAGUUUACGCCAUCAAGACCCGGGGUGUUCCGGAGAACUUCAACGAGGCCAAACCCAUUGGCUUCACCAUGUACACCACCUGCAUCGUGUGGCUGGCUUUUAUACCCAUAUUUUUCGGCACUGCACAGUCUGCAGAGAAGCUGUACAUCCAGACGACCACCCUCACCAUCUCCAUGAACCUCAGCGCCUCGGUGGCCCUGGGACUGCUCUACAUGCCGAAGGUCUACGUCAUCAUCUUCCACCCGGAGCUCAACGUGACGAAGCGGAAGCGAAGCUUCAAAGCUGUGGUGACGGCAGCCACCAUGUCCACGCGGCUCUCGCACAAACCGAGCGACCGGCCGAACGGGGAGGCCAAGACGGAGCUCUGCGAGAGCGCAGACCCCAACAGUCCGGCAACAAAGAAAAAGUAUGUGAGCUACAAUGACCUUGUCAUCUAAAGCACUUCUUCGGAUGGUGGGUGUGACGAAAUGGCCUGGCCCCCCAGCUCCAGGCAGAAAAAGCGAAGACCAACAAGGCCCCCUGUGCCGUACUGCCUAUGUCUCCCCCCGGGACAGGGGCGACUCCCUGCUUUCUUCUCUUUUUUUUCUACCAUCCAUUCCAUUGAGGUGUUUCCUCUUCACGAAUGAAAACAAGAAAGCACUCUAAAUGGCAAAACGAGGAGAAUAACGAAAAACGAAUAAACAUCUGAAGUGGAAACCAUGACGGGACCCUCCGCUAGUUUACAAACAUGCCCUGGACCUCAGGGAAGCCCCAGGAUGGACCCUUUGCUCUCACAAUCUUACUGAACAGUCUCUUUGUCCGCACUGGGAUUAUGAAAAGCUGUGUUACAGCCGACUACCACUCUGUGGGGCUGUCAUUAGUCUUUAUAUGUACUUCCAAGUUGCAAGUUCUCCAAACUUCCUGUAAAAGUUUGUGGGUUUUUCUUUCCAUUUCCUCUGUUGUUGACAUGUUCUUUUGCAUUUUGUUAUCUUGGAUGCACAUAAUAUUAAAGCCAUAUUCUUCUCUUUGAGAUGUAAUUUCAUUUUUAUCCCGUCAAAGUUUUUUCUUUUAUUUUAUUUAUACUAGCUUCUGCAAAAAAAUAAUGCACAUUUUUACCUUCUGUUUUGUAAGUGUUUUGAGUAUUUUGUAAGGGUGACCAUUAACUGUGUUUUUUGUAAGAGCGGGAAAGGAGGGCUGUCCAUUAGCUGGUGAUAUUCUAAAUGUAACAAGGUGUCCACGUAGAAAUUGUCAAUGCAUGCCUGAUGUGUUUGGUGUAAAAUAAAAAUCUAAAUCCAAGAACGUGAAUUACUUGACAACAAGAACUGUAGCCUGCUGUGGAUGACUUUCAUGACGCUUGAUUUUUAUUUGAUUUUCUCUGCAUCGGUUCCUCAGAUGUUUACAUACUCAAGGCAGAAUAUGGCUUUAACUUUGUCUUGGAGUUUCUUAUUGCCCAGCAACUAUUGACAGAUUGUGAAAAACGGACAAAAUAUAUAUACAUAUAUAUUUAAAAAAAAGUAUAAAAAUAAAUAAAUAAAAAAGCAUGUAUGUUUUAUACUGUUUGUACUAGUAUCUUCAUGUUGCCCUUGACGCUUCUGUGCCAAUAUUGUACAUUUUUGUUUGGCCACUCAUGCAAGUAUACUGUGGUGUUGUCCAAGAAUGUAUCGACAUCAAAUAAAACAAUUUGGUUAUCUUUUUUA